AUGGAAGACCAUGGAAAAUCAGAUGGGUGGGAUGAAGUUCUAGAAGAAGAUGAUGAGUUAGCGAGUGUAUGCAAAUAUCCUAUUAGCACCUCAUUCCUUUCUUCUGGAACAAGCAGAAGGAGCAAAAGUGUAAAGAAGCCUAGAUUCUCAUUACGAGGAUAUGAUUUUGUUCCAUUAGAUGUUAAGACUGAUAACUUGUGCACUGGGGGGCAAGAAGUUACCUCUGCAGUGCCAUCAACUAGAGCUUCACAAACCAUGGUGGCUGAACGGUUGGAAAAUGUUGAGGAACAAACUGAAGAUUUGGCACCAGAGUUUGCCCUUCCAACCAAGAAAGAAAAUACUUCUGUUUCUGAGCUGCUAGAUAAUUUACAGCGUAGGAGUGGUUCUGUUGUCAGGACACCAUCUUUGUUGCACCAACAUGCUCCAAGCAUAUCAAUCAGGGAGCAGGAACUUUCAUCCAGAGUGCCACCAACUAAAGCUUCACAAGCUUUGAUGGAUGAACCGUUCGAAAAUGUCAAGGGACAAACUGAAGAUCUGCCAUCAGAGUUUCCCUGCUCGAUCAAGAAAGCAAAUCUUUCAGUUGCAGAACUUCUAGAAGAUCUACAGGGUAGAAGUGGCUCUUAUGUCGAGACAGCAUCUUUGUCACAUCAACACGCCAGAACUAAACAUUGGAAGCCAAAACUCCUUUCUUCCGAGAAGAAAACAUUAGCUAUUCUAGGAGACAGGAGUAUUGACAGUGAGGACCCCUUGGAGCAUGUAAUUGACGGAACAUCUAGCGAGGAGGAAGAUGCUACUCAAAACCACUUGAGUUUGGUGAACAAAGAUGAGAACCAGCAAACUAUGGCUGACCUAUUCCAAGAAGUUUUCAAUCCAACAAACAUGGAUGGUGCCAUGAAUUCAAUGAGAUCAACAGGAGCUGGUAACUAUGGAAGAAUGCAACAGAUUAUGCAGAUGGAGAAAGAUUGGCAUGCGGAGUUCUUGAGACGGUAUAGCAGAGAGCAAGGUUAUUCAGGUGAUUUAAAGGGCACUACUGUUCAGAUCAUGUCAAGGUCAUUGGAAGGAAAGCUAACAGUCUGCAGCUGCAUGUUCCAGGAAAAGAGCAAUGAUACUGCUAUAAGUAAUGCCUCUGCUGACAGCACCAUAGAUGAAAGCAGAACUAGGAGGACCAUUAUCUUCAGUCCAAAGAUAUGUGACAAUGUGGAUCUUCUGGUUGGAAACAUAAUUCAUAUCUUCCCACCAUGGUCUCCAACUCUUAAAUUUUGA